CCGAAAUAAAAGCUGGGCAGCGAACAAGAUUGUCAAUGGUGGUCGGACGUGGCCGCGGCGGAACUGCCGGCAUACUGAGCCGAGCACCACUUGCGUUUUCAACCUCGGGCUCUUUCUCUCGCUGCUUGGUGCCUGUUGACCUUGUUCAAUUCGAGAACGUUACCACGAUGUUCGCGAGGCGGAGGCAAGCAUCGAAGGGUCAGUGACAUCAAAAACAACAUGGCUGACUCGACAGAAUCGACUUUUCGCUCGCAUCUUUCGGGCUUUCGAUGGGCGCAAGGACGGACGGACGACAGCCCCGCGGGGCGAGCAGCCGCCGCAACCACUACGACGAACACGGGAGGCGCAGGCAGCUAUUUGUCGACCUUUUCGAAUAGCAUCUCCGGUUAUGUGCCGCUACGGAGCAACAGCCGAACAGACGAGGAGGAGGCGUAUCUCAGCUUGAGCAGAUGGGAGCGGCUCUUAGGAUUCUUUGCGUGUCUCAUCGGAUCAGCGAUAUGUUUUUUCUUUAGUUUCAUCUUUCUCAACCCAUUUUACUUGGCGAUCAAGCCGCACAAGUUUGCGUUUGCCUUUUCCGCAGGAAGCAUACUAUUUAUGUUCGGAUUCUCCAUUCUAUCCGGGCCAGUGGCGCAUUUCAAGCACCUCACGCAGCCACAGAGGCUUCCCUUUACCGCGGCAUACUUUGCGUCCCUCGGGCUGACUCUCUAUUUCGCGCUUGGCCCCAAAUGGGUCCUGCCGACGAUGGCGGCCGCAGCGGUGCAGAUUGUUUCACUGGUUUUCUACCUCGCUGCGUACUUCCCUGGUGGGACAACGACGCUACGCUAUGGAGGGAGCAUACUCAUCCGCGGCGGCACGAGCCUGCUGCCGAUAUGAGCGCCGAAUCUGUUGUAGAAGCCUUUCAUCAUGCGUACAGUACAAGGAUGCGAGCAAAGCGGUGUGCGCGAGAUGCGCGAUGCAGGAGCUCGAUGAGAGAAAGGACGGCUAUGAGCUCUCGCUAGCCGGAUCGAUGCCGUUGAGAGUGCCGUUCGAGUCCUUGCUGGAGCUGCCUGCGGCUCCAUUUGGUUGCGCCAGCUGCCAAGCUGGGAUGCUCGGCUUGACGGGCGGCGGGAG